AAAAGUUGUACAGCCGCAGCGGUAGCCCGCACCGCAGGUCCACCAGCUGCCAGGUGUCGUCGACAUGGAACACAUGGCCAGCAACAUCCAGGUCCUGCUACAAGCAGCCGAGUUCCUGGAGCGCCGCGAAAGAGAGGCGGAGCAUGGCUAUGCAUCGCUGUGCCCGCACCACAGUCCAGGGCCCAUCCACAGGAGGAAGAAGCGACCCCCACAAGCUCCUGGCGCGCUGGACAGUGGGCGAUCUGUGCACAAUGAGCUGGAGAAGCGCAGGAGGGCCCAGCUGAAGCGGUGUCUAGAACAGCUGAAGCAGCAGAUGCCCCUAGGGGCUGACUGUGCCCGAUACACCACACUGAGCCUGCUUCGAAGAGCAAGGAUGCAUAUCCAGAAAUUGGAGGAGCAGGAGCAACGGGCCUGCUGGCUCAAAGAGAAGCUGCGCAGCAAACAACAGAGCCUGCAGCGGCAGCUGGAGCACCUCCAGGGGCUGCCAGGGCUGGGAGAACGGGAGCGGCUGCGGGCUGAUAGCCUGGACUCCUCUGGGCUCUCCUCUGAACGCUCUGACUCUGACCAAGAGGAACUGGAAGUAGAUGUGGAGAGCCUGGUGUUUGGGGGUGAAGCAGAGCUGCUGCAGAGCUUCAGCGCAGGCCAGGAGCACAGCUACUCGCAUAAUCCUGGCACUUGGCUAUGAUGCUCACUGCCCCGACUGCCCACCACUCACACUGGGCUGAUCCCGCCAAGCAGGAUCCCUCCCCAAGCCUUGGGGGCUGCUCGGAGUCAAUUAUCUAUUGGGAUGGACUGAAAGGACACUCUUUAUGGGAACAGGUACUCCCUGGACUUUGCUGCUGGCUACCAGGUGGCCCCUCCUGUGUGGGUGGGGGAGGUAUAUGGGAUACCCCAGAGCCCCAAAGGGUAGGCAGCUUGGGCCUUCCAGACAUUAAGGUAGCACUUGCUUGUGCUGCUCCCACAGGGUCAGGAGCUUCUCAGACCCUCAUGUGCUUUCCCAGACAAGGCCCCUGG